AUGUUGGUUGCUGAUCUACAUUAUGAUCUGUUAUUUGGUAGACCGGGUGGGUAUGGUGUCUGCAAUCAAGGUCAACAGUCCAUGACAACACCUGGUUGUGAUUCUCCCUUAACACUCAUACAAUCCGUUAUGGAAGAUAUAUCCAAGUGGAAAGGAAAGUUUACGUUGUUUACAGGUGGUUUGCUUCGUCACGGUGCUGAGACCACAACAACCCAUGAAAUUCAACUUAUGAUGAAUGAGGUGAUUGAUGUUCUGUCCAUGACAGCUCAAGUGAAUGCGACAGCUGGAGAUGAAGAUGGAUUAUCUUCAACUCAAUUAGCUCUUGGAGAAACUGAUUUUAUUCCUUCUGGUACAUUUACACCUGAUGGGAAACAACCGUUCUAUGAACGACUUUUAGAUAAGAUGCUUUCAAGUGGACUUUUAACUUCUACGGAGUACAGUAGGAUGUUAAGUUGUGGUUUUUACUACCGAGAUUUAAGUGGUACAAAACUCCGAGUAAUUUCUCUAAAUACCAUUUUGUGGUCUACUUCAUUACGUCCGUCAUUAGGAGUGGGUGAUGUAGAUCCCUGUGGCCAGUUUCCAUUUCUAGAAAGUGCUAUUGAACAGGCUACACAACGUGGUCGAAAUGUCAUUAUUCUUGGUGAUACACCUCCUGUUCUUAACGUUGCUGAUGCUUUACGUAGGAAAAGUGUUAAAGAUGCCGCCUACUACUGGCGUGAAGAUUUCCGUGAAGCCUACUUCCGCAUUAUCGCUGCAUAUCGCUUUACUGUAGCGGCACAGAUCUUUGGCCACACAAAUACAUUUGGCUUUGUCGCCUCCAACACAGUUGGCCCGCCGCUUUACAUAAUUCCCUCGGUCUCACCACUGCGGGGAAGUAACCCGUCGUACAUGCGGGCCACACUCGAUCCCAUCACUGGCCGCGUUGUCGCAAUGCGCCAGCGGUAUCUUCACGAGAAUGGCACGUGGGUGGACGGUGAGAAUUUGGAGGACGCCAUCACAGUGCCGCUCAGGGGAUUGGGCGAACACUCGCAGAAGGAUCACAUGUCUAUUGUGAAUGAUGCGGCGCAGUGGGAGCGAUUGGCAAAAUUAAGACUCGGUGGGCGUUUCUUGACCGAUAGGGAGACAUGUGACAUGUGGUGUCGACGACUUAUUGUAUGUUCAUCACUUUACUAUGAUAAAGAUGAUAUUGCACACUGUGCUUCUCUUGACUUACCUUCUCAGAAAGUUGGAUUGAUUUUAGCAAUUGUGUUCACUGGAUUUGGUGUAUCAUCUAUAAUUCUGGCGUUCGCCUACAUUUUUUCACACUAUAGUAUCGUCUUUGAACCACCAUUGGUCUUGGAGACGAGUAAAGGGCGACAUGGUCUUUUUGCGAGCCACUCAACAGAAGGAGUUUUCAGAUAG